UACUGCUGCCGAUGUCGCAAAUGUCAUCCCACCCUCAUCACCGCGAAAGAAACCAACAAGAAGAGAUACUCCUGAAAUUGCAGCGAUACAGGAACCUACCAUCGCCACUACAACUGAAGAUGUAAAGGAGGAUGAGAGUAGUCAGGAAAGUGAACCAUCAAGUACAAAGAAGGGUGGCUUAUUCGCUCAAUUUGCUGGAAAGUCCAGCCAAACCAAUGGGGAUGAAUGGGAUGACUUUGCCGAAGAAUCAGCAUCAAAGCCAUCAUCGUUUUGGUACUAAAGGAUGGGGUGCUGCACACCAAACCGCCCCUGUGCCUGGUGGCUCGCCAUUUGGCUCCACCGGAAAGACUAGCUUUAGUGGAUUUGGAAGCUCCACCUUUGGCGCCUCUAACUCAGUGUCCAGUAGCCAAGUGUCAUCAUCAUCAACCACGCCAUCUUUCAGUUCGUUUGCAAGCUCUACAGCAUCCCCUUUUGCGUUAUUAGCAGCUAAAGGCUCGUCGUCAAAUGCCCUCUCCAGCCUACCUCAGCGAUCCAACUCAGUAGAGAAGGACCAAACUAAGGCAGCCAAGUCAGACGACGAGAGUGACGGCGAUGAGUCGGGCGACGAUAAUGACGAAAGCGAGUCAACCGGCGAUCGAGGCAUUAGCCCACAAACAUUUGGAUCCGAACAAAAAGUCAAAGUUCCUGGAUUAAAGCCAUCUGAAAUAACGACGGGUGAAGAGGACGAAUAUACCGUUCAUACCGUCAAAGCUAAGCUUUUAGUGAUGGAUGGCACAUCGGACAGCUGGAAGGAGAGAGGCACUGGUACUCUGCGUAUCAAUACCAAGAAAACCCAUGGCAAUUCUGCUACUCGACUUGUCAUGCGCGCUGAUUCAGUAUUCCGUGUGAUAUUGAAUGUUCCACUCUUUGUUGGCAUGAAAGUUUGGAUCAUGCAAGAAAAGUUUGUGCGAUUUGCUGCAUUUGAAUCUGUGGAAUCUGUUGAAGUUGGCGAUAAAAAAGACGACGCUGCUGCUUCCGGAAGUACCAAACUCGUCAAUUAUGCAUUGAAGGUGGGCAGCACAAGCUCUGCACAAGACCUUUAUGAUAUGAUAAUAGCGCAUCUACCUCGAUCAGAAUAAUUCAAACAGUUGUU